CAACCCAGAACUGCACUGAAUCCAGUCCUGACGUCUAAUAACAAAUAUAGGGACACUGCUGGACCAAAUUCACGUCUCUGCUCCAAUAUAACCUUAUCUACUGACUGCCAUCUGUAUGAUACUUGUUUAUUCUUUAACAUUUAGUAUAACGUUUACGUUUAUCCGUUCUUUCUUUCUUUGUGUGUGUGUGUGUGUGUGUGUGUGUGUGUGUGUGUGUGGGUGUGUGUGUGUGAACUACUUAUUUUUUUCUCGCACAGAUAAUUUUUAUCAACAGUGUGUUAGGAAUUUUACUUAAGGAGAUUACAGUGAUGGAAUGUGGCCUGCGGACACACAUGAAAGAACCAGUUCCACUGAAGCACAUUGAGGUGGACGUGGAGAUUCAAAGUCAUGUAGCAACAGUGAACUCCACCCUGCAGUAUGUAAAUGAGCAAGACUACCCUCUGGAGGCUGUGUUUGUUUUCCCCAUGCCUUCAGGAGCUGCUCUUUGCCAAUUCAGUGCCAAGAUUGCAGACCAGGAGAUAGUGGCUGAAUUGCAGGAAAAACAGGAGGCAAGGGAAAAAUACGAUGAUGCACUGAGUUCGGGUGAAGAGGUCUUUCUGCUGGAAGAAAGUGAGAUGUCCGACGAUGUCUUCAAGCUGAGUGUGGGCUCUCUGCCCCCUGGCCAGAGCGCCGCCAUUACUUUUGUCUAUAUCACAGAGCUGAGUAUAGAGGCUGAUCACUCACUGCGUUUCUGUCUGCCUGCAGUGCUUAACCCCCGCUACACACCAGCUGGUUUAGAUGAUGGUAUAGUGUCAGAGAUAACAUCAGUUACCACUGGCAUUCCUUACUCACUGUCAUUUACUGCACACAUGAGCUUUCCAAACCCCAUCACUAAAGUGGAGUCCAAAAGUCUUCUAGAGCCCCUGAUGUUCCUCAAUACAGACCACACAGAGGCAAAGGUAAGCCUUUGUCCAGGUCAUAUGUUUGACAGAGAUGUCGAGCUGUAUCUAUAUUAUCAAAAUCCCCAUCAGCUCACUGCUAUAGUGGAGGCUGGAGCUCCCACAGCACAGCCAGGGACUCUCAUGAGAGACCCUGUGGUAAUGAUCAGUUUCUAUCCAGAGUUCCCUGAGUCGGUGAUGUCCUCUAUGUUGCCGUGUGGUGAGUUUGUGUUUGUUAUGGACAGAUCUGGCAGUAUGAACUGCGCCAUGCAUAAUGAAGAAGGUGCAAAACCACGCAUUGAGUGUGCCAGGGAUACUCUACUCCUGCUGUUGAAAAGUCUCCCCAUGGGCUGUUUCUUCAACAUCUAUGGCUUUGGCUCUACUUAUAAAUCCAUCUUCUCAAAAAGUGUGCAGUACAGUCAGCAAACUAUGGAGCAGGCUGUGAAGAAGAUAAAGAAUAUGCAAGCAGACAUGGGGGGCACAGAUAUUCUGGAAGUUCUGGAACAUAUUUACAAGCAGGCUUACAUCCCCAAACACCCAAGACAGUUGUUCAUAUUUACAGAUGGUGAAGUAGGAAACACUGAACAUGUUCUGCAGUGUGUAAGGAAAAAUGCUUCUUUUCACAGAUGCUUCUCAUUUGGGAUUGGUGAAGGUGCGAGUUCUGCCCUCAUUACAGGAUUGGCUGAAAACAGCUCUGGCCAUGCCCAAUUUAUCACAGGAACUGAAAGCAUGCAGGCAAAAGUAAUGCAGUCUCUCCAUUAUGCUUUACAACCAACAGUGAUUGAUAUCACUGAGGAUUGGACUGGGGUGUCUUUCACCCGUCUGAGCCCCCAAAUUACAACACUUUUCCAUGGUCAAAGAGCACUAAUUUAUGCCCAGUUGAAAGAAGAAGAGUGUCAAAGUGUAGAAGCAAAUGGAAAAUUAACAGUGCAGUACAAGCUGGGAGAUCAGGAAGUUUUGAACACUGUCUACUUCUCUCUAAAUCCUGCUGAGAAUAGCAGACUGACUAUUCACAGGCUGGGUGCUCGCUCUUUGAUCCACUCUCUGGAAAGGGACGAGCAGGAUGAUAAAGCUGAAUAUGAGGUUCUGAAGUCCAGAGUGGUGGAACUGAGUAAGCAGUGUGGAGUGAUCAGCUCACAUACAGCCUUCAUAGCUGUCCAUAAGGGUAGCGGAAAAGCUGUGAAGGGACCUCUGUUGACAAGCAGAAUUUCUACAACGAUGCUGCGGGGCUGUGCACUUGGGUCCUAUAUGGUGGGGUUAGAUGCAGUGGAGUCUUCUAAUAAAUUCUCAAAUCUGGGUAUGAUGCGAGCUUCACCGUUUGACAUUUUUUUUCCCUUUAGGAAAAUAACAAGGAGUAUGGACAUGAUGUCUGUAGAAACUCUUGAGGAGACUCCUGAGUCUACAAAGGAUGACCUGUUACAGCUCAUCUCCCUCCAGAAGGCUUCUGGUUACUGGAAAAUGGAGUCUAAACUGGCAGAGGUGUUUGGGAAGACAGAAAAAGAGUUGGUCAAGCAGAUUCCAGCACAGGUGAACCCGGAUGUCUGGGCUACUCUUUUGGCUCUGGUUUGGUUGCAUGGCUUUAAGAAUGCUGCCCAGGUUGAGUGGCAGUUAUUGGCCAAGAAAGCUGUGGCAUGGAUCCGGACACAAAAGGUGGUCAAUCUCUCAGAGUGUAUUCAGGUAGGGAACUCUCUGCUUGGCUGUCAGGUUGAAGAAGACGCUCUUGGGCUUUGAAGACUUUAUGCCCUUACAGAAUCCAUGCAAAAGCCUUAGCAAUGCAUCUCUAUAUAUACAGUGGUUUUAUUGCAUAUAAACAAAAGGAACAUACACUUGAUGCCUGCACUUUAUCUACACAAAACCACCUUGCAUGUAUUAGCAUGUUUAAAUGUAAUGCAUUGUUAUCAGUUGAAUUAUUACUAGAGCCAUACAGCACUAGAUACUCAUGUAAUGAUCAAAUACAGUAUGUAAGCAUUUUUGCACACAUUUGUUUGUCAAUUGCAAAGAAAAUAAAGAAUAUACUAUAACUGUAAAAUUUUU